GACACCCAUUUUCGCAGACAACAGUCGCCGCCACUCGCCUUCUUUCUUGCUUCUCCCCUCUCAAUUCUUCACUCGCUCAUCUGGAUGGAUUUGAGAGAUAAUAGUGAAAGAUGUCUUCUGACAGUGGACGCAGAUGAGGGAGAGGAAGGGAUAGAGGGAGGAUCGUUUGAGAGUCCAGCAGGAACAGAAUUAAUUGAAUGUGAUGGAGAUAUUAUUCUUGAGCCUUAUGAGGGCAUGGAAUUUGAAUCUGAAGAUGAUGCGAAGAUUUUCUAUGAUAAGUAUGCACGUCAGGUGGGAUUUGUUAUGCGUGUGAUGUCCUGUCGUCGCUCUGAAAAAGAUGGGAGGAUACUUGCCCGGAGACUUGGAUGCAAUAAAGAGGGGUAUUGUGUUAGUAUCCGAGGUAAAUUUGGGGCAGUUCGGAAGCCACGGCCGAGCACACGAGAAGGCUGUAAGGCAAUGAUUCAUGUAAAGUAUGAUAAGUCUGGGAAAUGGGUGAUCACAAAAUUUGUAAAGGAACAUAAUCAUCCUCUCGUGGUUUCUCCUCGUGAAGCUCGUCAAACCAUGGAUGAAAAGGAUAAGCAAAUACAGGAACUUACUAUAGAGCUGCGGAAUAAGAAACGGUUAUGCUCGACAUACCAAGAACAGCUUGCUGCAUUUAUGAAAAUUGUUGAAGAGCAUACCGACCAACUAUCGAGAAAAGUUCAAAAUGUGGUUACCAACCUUAAAGAAUUUGAGUCCAUUGAGCAAGAACUGUUGCAUCCUAGAUAGCCUCGCCAUUGACGUGGUCGGUGGCCAUUGGUCGCAUACGAAGAACAACGAAAACACCUCCAGUAGGCAUUCUUUACCAUCCCCCCACCCCACGCCAAGCUCUGAGCAAGCUAUAGAAAUGAACGUUGCGGUAUUACUUCUGUAUAUCAUAGGAAGCGCUAGCAUGAAGUAGAAGUUUUUGCAGAUGAUUUUUGAACGAAGAGACGAUUUUACUUACCUUGAUAAAUGAAUCUUAUUGAAUAACCAAUGCAUUGUAGAAGUUUGGUUCAUAUUUCCAGAAAUUUUGCUGAAAUUUGCUCUGCUUUGUAAUAUUGUUUGCAUUUGAUACUGCAGUUGAACCAUCCAAAUCCCAGCCAAGGUGAAGAGAGAAGCUAGAUCAGGAUUGUUCCAUUAUGGUUUUAUUUUUUAACAGGAUUUUUCUGUUAGUGUGGAAAUUUGAUUAUUUUCCCCUAUUAUUAUUAUUUAUUUAUUUAUUUUGCUUUUACUUCAGGUGACUUGGGUGCAUAAAUUGUGACCUCUCUGUUAGUUUUGUAUGACUAUUAUGAAGUUUCUCAGUGUUGGAAUUGAA